AACAAAGGUAAAAAUCAAUUUUUAAGGCUUGUGAAAAGAAAAAAGAAUGAAAUUAUUUGAGCCUUCACAACAUUCUGCAUCAUCAAAGAUACCAGAAACAUCGGUGAUACAUGAAAAAUCUGAAAAAUCUGAAGAUUACGUUGCACAUGCGACGGAAAAUGAAGAGUUGAAUCAGGAAAAUUUUCGAAAUCUAUUCCAUGCCACAGAGGAAUUAUAUGAAAAAUAUACACAAAAUUGUCGUAAUGAAUCGGAACAUAAAUUUCUUCAGAAUUUAUUGAGCAGAUUUAGAAGAAAAUUUUACAUAAACAAUGCUGAAAAUCUUGAACUAGUUUGUCAAUUUUUUGAACGAACAUUAGCAAAUGAAUUGCCUUUGGUACGAGUCAAUGAUGUUAAUCUAAUUUAUCGUUUUUUUGGAGAUCUACAUGGCAGUUUUAGUGAUCUAGCACUUAUUCGAUCAAAGUUUUGGUCUGAUGGUGAACUAAAUGGCAAACAUUUUAUAUUUUUGGGCGAUUAUGUUGAUCGAGGUAUACAUGGAUUCGAAGUGGUGAUCUAUUUAUUUAUUUUGAAAUCAAUGUAUCCGAAUAGUUUUACUAUAUUACGAGGUAAUCAUGAAUUUUCCGAUAUGAAUCGUCAAUCAUUUUUAAUGGAAAUGCGUUUAAAAUUUGGCAAUGAACUGGGCUAUCAAAUGUGGUCAAGAAUUAAUGUUGCAUUUGGCGCCUUGCCAUAUGCGGCAAUCAUUUGUGAAAAUAUAUUCGCCUGUCAUGGUGGCAUACCAAAACAUUUGCGCAGUAUGGAACAAAUUGAACAGAUUCCAAAAUGGGUCACAAACGAUUUGGAUGAAAGUUGUGUUGGAUUUCAAUUAAUUUGGAAUGAUUUCUACACAAAAGAUUUGAUUACUUCAGGUGAAUUUCAUACUGAACCAAGAUAUUUCUCAACAAAUCGAUUACGAGGAGCUGGUUUUAUCAUUGGUAAUCGUGGUGCCGAAAGAUUUCUUACCCGUUUUCGUCUUGGAUACAUUGUACGUGCACAUCAAUAUCCAUCAUGUGAAAUAAACGGCUAUGAUUACAUUGCAUUGAAUAAUGGAGCUGUGUUUACAUUGUUUUCAAAUUCAAGCUAUGUAGGCGAUGUAAACAACACAGCAUAUCUUCAUAUAUCGAUUUUAAAUGAACAAAUAAAAAUAUAUCCACUGGUCGAUGCUCAACAAAGUGAAGAAUUUUUCAAUAAAAGUGAACUAAUCGAACCAAAUGAUGCCGCUGCAGCCUUAAAGCAUCGAGAUCCAUUUUUCUUUGCUUUAUUUGAUUCAGCUGAACUUGAAGAAUUUGAACAAAAACAUCAUCAACAACAACAACAGCAACUACACGAAGAAGAUUUAUCCCAUCUAUUACCCUCAACUCCCGCUAUACCACAAACAUCAUCAUUAUUAUUACCUGAACAUCAAGAGUCACAAAUGAGACAAGAAUCAGAACAAAUAGUAUCGCCACCAUCUUCACCAUCACCUAAAACAACGAAAAAACGAAAAAAACGACGACAACGUAAGCAACAACGACGACGAAAACAGAAAUGAGUUUGAGAAAAUGGAAAGAUUAAAUCAAUCGAAUAAAUAAAUUUCAAUGUGCCAUAUAAUUAUUCAA